GCCCCACUCUUCCUCUCUAGAGAGGUGGGAAUGGCCGUUCCUUUCGGGGUCGGACACGCGGAACGGCCCCAGUCAGGCCCGCACGCCGUCUCCUUGGCGACAACGCAAAGUCAGACCGCGCCUCCUGGGUGGAGGGGCCGCGGCUGCCAUGACAACCGGAGUCCUGGCGCGGCGCUCCUGGGCGCGGCGGGACUACGCUUCCCGGCAGGCCUCGCGAGGGCUCGGCUCUCUCCCGCAGGGGCACUGAUCCCUCAGUGCGCGGCGGCCCGAAGGCGGAGGCUGGAGGGCUCCGCGCUGCGUGCGGGGCGGGGACCAGGGGACCCGCGCGGGCCGCCCCCGAGCGAAUCCUACAGCCAGGACACUGUGUUGGGGGCUGGCCCCAGGAUGGAGGCUCGGGCCCAGAACUCCAGGCAGGGAGGCAUCCCCAAGGCAGAUCUCCAGGGAGCCGACAGGGGCCAGGAGGAGAGGCCCAAGAUGGAGCUAAGGCCCCUGGCAGAGGACCCAGCUAAGAGACGCCCCUCUCAGGAGGGAGACCUACAUGGAGGGACAGCAGGCGGCAAGAUGGCUCCCCAAGGCAGAGGCUCCUGGAGCUGGGGCCUUGGUGUGAGCCCCAGUCCAGGGACCCGCCUGAGUGCAGGAGCAGGACCCCUGGUACAAGAGCCAUGUGGCCCCACCUCCUCUCAGGACCCUGAUCUAGUCACUCCCCGGGGGCCACAUGCUGGGGAGGGCCCCUAUUGGUGCCCAGUCGGUACCAGGGCCUCCAGCCACAACUGCUGCCUGAUGCAGCAUCUCAGAACACCCCCUGAGGAAAAGUCCCUGGUGUGUGAUCACUGUGGAGGCCAGGUGUUGUGCUGGUGCUGCCCCAGGACCCAGCUGUCCGAGAUCCACACAGAGGAUGGGUCACAUGAACGGCGCACAGGCACCCAGACCUUCCCAAAGACCCUGCAAGUGACCGUCCUUCAGCAGAACCCCUUGGAGGACUGCAGUUGCAUCGAGGAAUUUACCCGGAGGGCCCGGCUGGCCUCGCAGGAAAUGAUGCAGAUGGCAAAGGAGCCCCUCCUGUGUGCGCGGUGUGGAAAGCGCUUUGGCUCCAACAAGCAGCUGCAGAUGGCUGAGGGCCCCUUAAUGUGUCUUCAGUGUGGUCGGGCCUCAGGUCCUGGCUGCAGUGCCCCUGACCCCCCGGCCCAGCGGCUCUACGUCUGUGACCAGUGCGGCAAGGCCUUCACGCGCACCUCGAGCCUGCUGCAGCACGAGCGCAUCCACACCGGUGAGCGACCCUAUGAGUGCGCUGAGUGUGGCAAGGCCUUUGUGCGCUGCUCCGGCCUCUACCGCCACCAGAAGACACACUCAGCCGAGCGCCACCGCCGCAGCCUGGCCCUGGCCCGGAGGUCCUUCCUCUUGGGGUGCCCGCCCUGUGGGGACUGUGGCGAGGGGACCCAGGGGCCUCCACGGGUGCCCGUUGCCGGGGAGAAGCCAUACGAGUGCGCCGAGUGCACCAAGGCCUUUGCCCUGUUCUCGCACCUCGUGGAGCACCGGCGCGUGCACACGGGUGAGAAGCCCUACGCGUGCCCGGAGUGUGGCAAGGCCUUCAACCAGCGCUCGAACCUGAGUCGGCAUCAGCGCACGCACAGCAGCGCCAAGCCCCACGCCUGCCCGCUGUGCGAGAAAGCCUUCAAGGGCCGCUCGGGCCUGGUGCAGCACCAGCGCGCGCACACCGGCGAACGGCCCUACGGCUGUCCCGAGUGCGGCAAGACCUUUCGCGGGUGCUCCGAGCUGCGCCAGCACGAGCGCCUGCACUCGGGCGAGAAGCCCUACAUCUGCCGAGACUGCGGCAAGGCCUUCGUGCGCAACUGCAGUCUGGUCCGCCACCGGCGCACGCACACGGGCGAGCGGCCCUACGCGUGCGCCGAGUGCGGCCGCGCCUUCAGCCAGCGCUCCAACCUCAACGAGCAUCGCAAGCGGCACGCGGGCCGCGCGGCCUCGUGACCGCGCGCGCCUCUGGAAGCCUGAAAAAACGGUUGUAGUCUUUCUUAAACCUCACUUGGUACUGCGUCCGCAGGCUUCCCCGACUCGUUUUAUUUGACCCUUUCAAGUGGGCACAUAGUAAUGGGUUCUGGCGAAGUGCUAAUAAACACAGGAAUGAAGCGCUCAUGUGACCCAGCUGCUUCGUGGGCUAUCGGAAGCCUUGCUCCGCCUCCCUCGAUGGGGACCUCAUCAUGUUAUGUCUAAGCAAGGUGGUCCAGCCAGAGCUCCUCUUCUGUCAGAGGACUCCAGGCUGGAUGUCAUCUCCUGCUGCAUGGGAGGAAUCAAGGAGUGAGACCCAAAUGUGCGGCCAUAAUUCCCUGUGACCGCCACAUAGGUGGGAGUCCACCAGAGGCCUGGAGCAAGCAGCAUGAUUCUUUCAUAGCAGAGCUCCUGUCUACCUUGGGAAGGGCAAGAUGCACAGGCCCCGUGGGGCUUCCUGCAGUUACACAGAGCCAUGCAAUUGAGUUCUGGCUACUGGAAUAUGGACAGAAGUGAUGGAUAACAUAAAAUGGCCUACAUCAUCUUUUUUGCUUGUUUCAUCAGCCAGCUGGACAGAGGAGAUUCAGCAGAAAGUUCUGAGGAGGACAUAAGAUUUUGUUUAUUAGUAAGAUGUUACAACCAGUUUUUUGAAGAUGGAAGAAGGGACCAUAAGCAAGGAAUACAAAGAAUGCAGUUAUAGAUGCUGAAAAAGGCAAAGAUACGGAUUCUCCCCUAGGACCUCCAGAAGGACAUCAGCCCUGCUGACACUUUAAUUUCAGCUCAGUGAUACUGAUUUCAGACUUCUGGCACCCAGAACUGUGAAAGAAUACAUUUCCGUUUUAAGCCGUCGAAGUUCCUCAUUAUCCAUCCUGAAUCAAUCAUCAGGGCCAAGGGGAAUGGAAUGUGGUAUGCCUGAGUCCCGCAUCCACACUUGUCCAAACCCCCUGGAUUGAGAGUGGGGGCAACUGAGAAACUUCUAUACAGCAAAUAGCGAUUCCAGCUUGGACGCGUUGUCCCCAAGGAAGGGCCGCUGGGCCAGCGCGUAGGUAUGUGAGAUGCGCCACCCCCUCCCUGCGAGGCCCCUACUGGACAAGGUGCAUGGGGUUGUAAAGAGGACUUGGUGGCCAGAGAAUGGACAGGGGUGAGGAGUGUGCAUCCUUCUGGCUGCAGAACAGUUCUUUCUCCAGAUCUGCUUCCUGUGUCCAGGAUCCUGCCGACCUUGAGCUUCGUGUGUGUGUGUGUGUGUGUGUGUGUGUGUGUGUGUGUCCCCGGCUGCAGAACAGUUCUUUCUCCAGAUCUGCUUCCUGUGUCCAGGAUCCUGCCGACCUUGAGCUUCGUGUGUGUGUGUGUGUGUGUGUGUGUGUCCCCGUCCCUCUGGGUGUGUAAAUGAGGCGGGGAGGGGCUAGGGAAAAGGGCGGCGCGUAUCCAUGGCAACGGAGGACGCUACAGCGAUCCAGGGGCCCCAGGACCAUCCCUACAGGAACCGGAAGGGCGCGGGCCUGCGACUGGGGACGAACUACGCAGCUGCGCAGACGCCGUGGGGAGUACCGCGAGGCGCAAGGUCGCGCCAGGGGACGCGACAGCACGUCCGUGGACGCCCUGCGCUCACCCCCACGCAGUUCUCCGCGGCCGAGCCCGGAUGCUGACCGGGCGCUGUCCUAGCCCGGCCGCGCCAGGUGGACGCCGGGGCGGGCCGAGGGCGGUGAGUGAGGCGAGCGGCAGCCGUCCGGCCGGGCUCUUAACGAGUGCCCGCGGCUCCCACCGCACGGCCGCGCAGGCGGGGCGCGGGCCGGGGCUGGGCGCGCACUGGGACCACCGAGAGCGAGGCCUCCGCGCCGCCCAGAGGGCCCCGGAAGUGGCUCUGCCGACUAGGGCCGGGGCGGAAGCGCGGUCGCGGGGGCGUCGGUGGGCGUGCGCCGCCCGCCGGCGUCGCCGGGGUUGGCUCGUCCGCACCGUGUGCUUCACGGCUCGCCCUUCCGUUCCGUGAGCCGGCUCGGUCAUUUACUUCCGUAGCAUUGCUUCCUCCUGCUCGUUCGUUCAUUCGCGUGUUGAGUCACCCCCCUGCUUUCUGAUGCGGCGCUCGGUAUCCGGAGCUGCGCGGCCAUCCGUCCCCGAUUUGUCGUCCACGCGUUCACUGAUUCAUUCAUUCGUUGCUCCUCCCGCUCUCCAGUCCCGCCCUUCGUUCCCUGGGCCGCGCCGGCCUGCCUGCCUCCGUUCGUUCUUCAUUCAGUCGGACGUCCUCCCGGCGCUGCUUCGGGGCCAGGCAGGUUCCCGCUUCCGAGCCUUUGCGUGUGCCCUCCGCGCGAGCGUCCCGCCUCCGCCCUCACUUGCCCGGGGUGCUCCGAGCCCAGCGCUUCCUGAGGCCACAGCCCCCGCUGGGCAUCUCCUGCGCCGCGUCCCUCCCCGUCUCAGUAUUUUUCCAUCCAGCGCCCAAUAGGUGAGAGCCCAGGCCUCGGGGCUGGGAGAGGCACAGUCACUUGUGACCGGUCGGGUAUGAGGACCAGUUGUUGGCGUGGGAGACGGGGCCUGCCUGGGAAGGUGGCCACAAACCUUGGUCCAGAGAAGUGCCUGGGGACAUGCGGCUGCCCUGCCUGGGAAGGGGCAUGCUGGCUGCCCAGAUGAGCAAGGCAUCAGCUCUGGCCCCUGGGGUCCUUUAGAGCACACCAGUCCCAGUGGUGGGUGAGGCCAGCUCUGAGACCCCUGGCCAGCGCUUCUGGGGGUUCUACUACGAGGAGGAAGAGGGUCCCCCGUGAGGCCCUGGCCCGGC